AUGGUUCAUGUCCGUAACCUGUUCAAACCUGGCGGCUAUCGCAUCACGAGGCAAGUCACUGGCGAGUUUUUUCAGAAGACGCUUCUCAUGGGCGGUCUACUAGGCUGGUGGCUGGGAAUUGAUAAAGGAUGUAUACGCGGGUCGGACGCCAGCUUUACACAGUGGGACUCGAUUCUCCAUGCAGCCGGCUCCAGUGGCACAGACAAGUAUGUUACGGAUCUUACUCACUCUCAAAAACAGGCUUGCUCUGUUAUUGUUGCGCAGGCUGUGGAUGAGAGAUUCCACAUGCUCCGCGAUCCGUUUUCAUGUCUGAAUGAGGUGCCUCUCGAACUGCGUCUCUUGAUCACUGGUGGCAAGACGCUGUCGGUAUCCCGCAUGGCCAAAGGCAUCGAGAGCCAUGUUUCCAGAUUCAGGGAUCAAAUCUUGAGAGUCGAUAGCGUCGACGCCACUCUGUACAAGCAUGCUGGUUCAAUGACUUCUGAGAUCAGCCUCACAGAGGUGGAAAAGCCAUGUUUCCCGAGUCUUCCUCGUCGGGGCACGUCGCUGCUCCUGAUGAUGCUUCAGAGCGCGAUCCGGCCGUCAAUGGGCGUCGCGGUUUCACCUGAGGAUAUGUACCACGCGAGCCCGCCCCAGCGGGAUGACCGCGCUGGUCUCGCAGCAAAAGAGUGCGAAUUACGUGCCAAAGGCUUCGUCGGCAGCGCGAUCCUAGCAUUAUCGCUUACUGGAGGAUCCAAAGGUCGCGAGGACGCACUGCGUGGCAAGUCGACGCCGACGCCCAGGCGCCAUCACACCAAUGACAAGAUCGCGACCCCCACAGGCAGCCUUCUGGAACCCCAGCUCGGCAUAUCACCAGAGACCAAUUGGAUUGUGUCGAAAUUCACAGCAUUUUUAACCCCUCCCGUGGACAUGAAUCGAUGCACCCCCUCACAGGUGGACUGUCAUAUCAGGCUUGCCCUCUCGAGACUGUGCAUUGGUGUAGCUUCGAGCCCUCGGCUUGCGUGA